AUGGACCACAUUCAAACAAACAUCCAUGUACCUGAUAAACAGCCGAUUCAUUUUACACUUCCACCUGCAGAUACUGUGUCAUCCACUCAAAUACCAGUCGCUAGAUCAAAUGAGUUUACUACGCCUCAAACGCCGUUACCUACAACAACAGCAACAACAACAGUGCAACAGCAAACAACUGCAAAACCUGUAGACAGUCAAAUAAAAACGAACAUUCCAGUCUCGAAUGAUAACUUGAAAGGAAUGGAUAAUCGUUUCCAAUCUCAACAGCAGCAAGAACAAACACAGCCAAUUCCAGAGCGCAUUCCAUCUUUCACAAGUACACAACAAACAAUCUCAACUACAACUCAACAGAGUCUUUCAGAUGUACCAACAUCCAUUUCACCAAGAUUUACAGAAGCCAGUACCAUUCCUACGACAACUAUGUCAACAGAAUCUCACAUUCCGGUUACGACACCGAAAAUUCCUGUGCAUCCUCGGCACAUACCAGAAACAACGGAAAGUCCUGUGAAAACAGCUACUAAUCCAACUGAAAGCACAGAUCAGCGCACAUUUCCUACUGUUUCUUCAUCUACUACUGAUCAACGUCGACAAGUUGUGAAUAAUAUUGAUCUACCUAGGCACGUACGCAUUCAUCGAACAUCGAAAUUAUUGAAUCAACAGGCAGCAGUAAAUGCCUUACCAUCCAUGGAAGCUUCAACCGAAGAUGAAGACGAACCAAAUAUCACGACCGAUGAUUCUACGAAGGUACAUACCUCCACAAACAAUGAAACGAAGAUUGACCAUGGCAAUCAUUCAAGUAUGCUGAACGUCAGUAUAGUAUCGAAUAGUACAGGUAAAAACCGACAAAUCUGUUGGCGUUUACCGAAACGAGUCGAGCCAAGUAUUGAACUAUUAGAAAAUCAAAUUUUUGGUUUCGUCAACAUAUUGCCUGAAUUCGUUCAAACAAUCUUUCUCGAUCGCAUUGAGGAUCGAGAAGUUCUGAUGAAUACCAUGUGGUUCGGGUCGGUGUGUACAAUGUGUGGUUUAUUCAGUUUCCUAUUCCUCUCGAUGGGGACAAGACGAUUAAAACAGAGUAAAAGUGAAAAAGAAAUACGUGCUCGUUGCCAACAACUUCAACAAUAUAACAAUCAACUCGAGCUCGAACGUGCAACAUUUGAGAAACAGAACCAAAAAUUAACUGAUGAGAUUGAAGAGUUAAAAAACAUUCCUGUCCGAGACUCCGAUGAAGAUCUAUUUGCAUUACGUGACGAAUGUUUCCGGUUCCAAGAAGAUUUACAAACAGUGCGCGCUGAUCGAGACACCUUAAAACAAAAUAUCGAACAAAAACAAAAUCUCAUACAAAAACAUGAAUUCGAAAUGCAAAGACAAGUUGAAGCUGUUGCGUACUUAAACAAUGAAAUUCUGCAAUUGAAACGAGAUUUAGAGAAAGAACGAGCAACAAUCAGUAAAUAUCAGUCGAACGACAUAUCAUUGGAACGUUUUGAAAAGUCUCAAGAACUAAUCCAAGAAUUGAAAUCAGAAAACGCAAAAUUAAAAGAGGAGAAGUUCACGCACAAAGAUCAACUUCAAGAGAUCCAAGACCAAGUGAAUAAACUCGAUUUAGAGAACAAUCAAUUGAUUCUCCGAAUGAAACAAUUGAAAGAUCUACUUGAAGAACGUGAUCAAACAAUCAAGCAUAUUCAAGAGAGAAUUAACGAAGAAGAAUUCGAAGAUUUGCGUUCUUUGAUAGCGAACAGUUCUUCGAAUAGAGAUCAACGACUUCUAUCGACUGUCGACAAUGAUCUGGAAAAAUCCAAUCAGCAUAUGCGUGAUUUACAACACGAAAUCGAAGAGAAAACAUCUCGAAUAAAAGAACUCGAUUCACUGUUGAAGCAAGAGGGAGACCGAGCAAAAGAAAUGGAAACGAAGUUAAAAGUCGUCUUAGAACUACGCGAGCGUGAUGCUCAUUUACACAUACGGCAACUAGGUCAAACAGAUGCGGAAUUACGUAAAGCAAGAAACGAUACAGAACGUGUGCGAAUUUUACAACAACAACUUGAUCUUAAACAACAACAAUUAGAUGACGUGCAAAAGGUUCUUACAAGUGAACAAAUGAAGUUCAAUGAAGAAUGUAGUAAACUACAACAUGAUACUCAUGAGAAAUGGAUGGAAGUUAAACGAUUAACCCGUGAAUUAGAUAUUUCGAAGAAAGAAUGUGAAGGUCUACGCAAACAAAUUACGAAAUACGCAAGUUCUACGCAAGAAAAGACAAUGAUUAAACCAGUACCGCAACAUUAUGGAAAUAACGCUGAACUCGAAACAAAUAGUAAUUCACCUAAUUCCUUCACACAAGGAGAAAACUUUCGACCUAUUGAUCAUCAGCGUAAUGAGUCCGGUGCUACAAGUCCUACCGAGAUGUUCAUGCCAAGACCACCUAUGUUCGGUCUCCCUCGACCUCCAUUUUUUCCUACGCCCUUUAUGCCUGUUCCACCUCCAAAUACAUUUAUGAUGCAUCCAAGAUUUCCCAUGCCCGCGGCUAGUCCGCAUGGAAUGAUAUCACCUGUGUCGCAUUUACUAAUCAAUAGUAAUGAUAUGAGCAAUUCGGAAAAUAUCGAUUCAUCGAAUAUAACUCCAAAUUCAACCGGUUAUGAAAGACAGUCAAACGGAGGAGUUCUAUCACCUGUCCCGGAGAAUGGAAAACAAACAAAGACGAAGAAGACGAAAAAGUCGUCGAAAAAGAAAGGCGAAACAUCACUAGUGAAAGAAAACGUAUGA